CGCCCAAAUGCGAUCCAGAAACUGAUAAAGGUAACACGAAACUAUCUUCUCGUGCCAUUUCAGUUUUGCUCAGUGAUCAUGGCAAUGGUGGUUCUGUGUACCCUUCCGGCGAACUUUCCCUCCUCCAGAAUGACCGAAACGCUCCGCUCCGUUCUCGCCAGAGAGAACAAAAUGCGGGCUCCCUACGAGCCCAAGCAAGGGCAGUCCCGUCUUUUCCACAAGCUGCCUUCUGGUUUGGACAUGGAGGUCAUCUUCCAGAAGGGCGUCGAUUGCAGACACCCAGAUGGGAGAAGAGAGAGAUCUGAAAACCCACCUCUUGUAUUCAUUCAUGGCAGCUUCCAUGCUGCUUGGUGUUGGGCCGAACAUUGGUUGCCUUUCUUUUCACAGAAUGGGUUUGACUGCUACGCACUCAGCUUGUUGGGUCAGGUGCUCUCUCGCUUUCUGGGUGAAAGUGAUGCACCACCUGGUCCUGUUGCAGGUUCUCUUCAGACACAUGCAGCUGAUGUUGCCAAUUUCAUCAGGAAAGAAAUCAGGUUACCACCAGUGAUGCUUGGACAUUCAUUUGGAGGGCUAAUUGUUCAGUAUUAUAUUGCAAGCAUAAGGAGUGAACAAAUUUUAGACAAGGAAAGCAUGCACCCAGAUAUUGCUGGAGCUGUGCUUAUUUGCUCUGUUCCCCCUUCUGGUAACAGUGGAUUAGUCUGGCGGUAUCUCUUUUCCAAGCCCAUAACUGCUUUCAAGGUGACAUGCAGCUUGGCAGCUAAAGCGUUUCAAACUUCUCUACCUCUUUGUAAGGAAACAUUUUUCUCAGCAGGAAUGGGGGAUCAUCUGGUCCUACGCUACCAGAAACUAAUGACAGAAAGCUCCAGGAUGCCAUUGUUUGACCUGAGAAAGCUUAAUGCUUCACUUCCUGUUCCGUCCGUGCCUAAUUCUUCUGUUGAAGUUCUUGUAUUGGGUGCAAAUAACGACUUCAUAGUGGAUGCUGAAGGACUCAGGGAAACAGGCAGGUUUUAUGGGGUGUCGCCAAUCUGUAUUGAUGGGGUUGCCCACGACAUGAUGCUGGACUGUUCGUGGGAAAAGGGUGCGAGAGCCAUCCUCUCAUGGCUGAAUGGUUUGAACAGUCGGGACAGACUAUGACUAUGGAAGACACUGCCAAGCCUCUGUUGCAGCAUCUUCCUCAAACAUAUCUACUGACUUGCUGAUGUUCUGUCCAAAACAAAUGCUUUUGGUGUUAUGUGAUGUCUGCCGCCGUGUAGCAAUACAAGACAAGACACCAAUGUCUCCUUAUGGUCAAGCAAAGCCCCUUUUGAGUUUUGACAGCUUAAGUAAAAGGGUCCCCCUAUUAAUUUGUAGUAUUUGUUGUCAACUUGUUACCUAUUAAUUUGCUGUUUAAAUGCAAGCUAUUUGGACCUGUUGUUCUGUUUACGCCAUUUUCACUUUACAAUGCCAGCUCUAUUAGGUCCA